GGCUCGGCCCGGGUAGGUGCCCGCCCCGCGCGCCGCAGCCAUGGCCGAGGAGGCGGAGAGGAAGCCGGUGCUGGAGACGGUCCAGGCAGAAGGGACAGAUGGAAACUGUGUCACAUUUGUGUUGCAUGAUGAGGACCACACACUUGGCAACUCCCUCCGUUACAUGAUCAUGAAGAACCCUGAAGUGGAGUUCUGUGGUUAUUGCAUCACUCAUCCCUCUGAAAGCAAAAUUAACUUCAGGAUCCAGACUAGAGGGGGGAUCCCAGCUGUUGAGCCAUUCCGGAAAGGGCUGACGGAUUUGAUGGACGUCUGCCACCAUGUGCUCAACACAUUCGAGGCGAGCGUGAAGGAAUACAAGGCCCAGAAGGAGACAGAAAUGGAUUAGCCCCAUCAGACAGAUGUGUGUGUAUGUGUGUGUGGUAUAGGGUUUAUUUACGCUUAAUGGGAAGAGGUUUAUUUUUUAUGGCAGUUCUGAAGACCACCCUGCAGUUUCUCUAAUAAACAAUGUAGAGCGCAGACCACAUCACGUUCCACUCCAUUCGAAUUCAACCUGGAUAUGGGAAAAAAGAGUUUCUGCGGGCCUGAUUCUGAUGUCCUCUGUGUUGUUUUUAUUCCCUCAUUUUCCCUUGUGUCAGGGAGAAUAAAAUUAAGCUCAGUGCAUUUGCAGAUAGAACAGUUAUGUCAGUUCUUUCUUCCUUUAACUUGUAGGAACCUGAAGUCAUAUUUCUGCAUGAAUCCAUAUUCCUAACACCUAGCAGGGCAGGGAGCUGCAGCCCUUAUUGUGCUCCAGGUAUUGCUGUUGCUAUAAGAAGCAAUAUUCCAGCUCGGAUGUCAGACACGUGUAGGGUUCGCACUGAGCCAAAAGCACACCUGCACGCUUUACUAGUACUUCUCAGCUAAACCCAGCAGCUUGUGCAGAAAUUGAGGGGUUUCUUUGUUAAAACCAGUAAAGAAAAUAUUUUAGAUCUCUCUGUUACUCAGAAAAUACCUUGCCUGAAAACAGAAGUGUUGGUGUAUGCCUGAGUCGUCAGAUGAAAUAUGUACUGUGUGUGACUCACUGCUUGAGCCAGAUGAACGAAACAUCUUGCAGGGUUUUAUCCAGUAAGGUACAGGUCACUUGCAUCUCCCAAAUUCCUAAGAUACUGAAGACACCUCUGCUCAUUUCAGCACUGCAUAACUCUAAAGCCCAGCAGUGCCACUUUAAAGGUGAACACUGGUCAUCUUUUCUAGCAGAAAGAGCACUAAGCUACUCUAGGACUGUUGUGCAUUUCAGUGGAGUCAUCAUCUUUAAAGAUCAAAAUGCUUUUGAUUUGUACAGUGCACAGUGGCUACAGGUAUGAAGAUAUGGUCUUGAUUGGUGUCUGUUGGCAUCUUGUCCACUAUAGCAUUACAUAUAAAAAGUGUAAUGUAGUAUAAAAUCAAUACCUAUCAAUUUACCUAUCAAGAGUGAAGUGAUCAUUCUUAACCCUUCAGAUCACUGACUCUUACUAAGAUGCUUGCACUGGAGGGAGAGAGGGAGAUGUGUGGAGACACUAAAGGAACACAAGAGCUAGAAGGACAAGUUGGAACUCUAUUAAGUAUUUAGCACACUUCCCUCAUCUUUUGCCCAUUAGUAAGAAACACCCAGAGUCUUUCCUUUCAAACAUGAAUAUGUUUUAUUAACAUACAGAAGAGAAGAGGGAUGUAAAAUGUGGUCUGUUAUAAAUAAAAUGGUUCUUUCAAAUACAAAUUGACACACUUCAUCCCUGUGAUGGGUUGGCAGUGCUUUGCUUUCACAGAUGGUUUUCCUGGUUUUCAUAGUAAGAUUCCUUUCUCUCCCUAUUCACUGCAGUAGGCUUAUCUUGUCCUUUUCAAUGCGAUGCAAGGUUGUGGCAAGCCAUUGGCUUGGAAGGGCAUAGCAAGCUAUUGACACUUUUUCUCUCUAUAGCGCUGCCCAUUGACAUUGCUGAGACACUUCUUGUGAAAGACCUGAUUUCCAAAUGGGUUUGGGGCACACCUGGGGUGAGUUUGAUAGUCUCUGCCUCAUUAGUUCCUGGCCAGUGCUCAACUGAGCUGUGUAAGGGGGAAUUUGCACAGUCCCCAUCUGCCUCUAGAUGGCACUGUUUGUCCCUUCUGGUCACCAACUUCACUAACCCAAAUGAAAGGGAGACCUUAAAAAUAAGAUUUUAACAAGCAGGAAGGCAGUUUCCCUGGAGGGUGAAAUACAGGGACUGACUCACACAGGCUCAUCCCAUGACUACUCAGCUGAGAAGUCCUACAGACAACAGAUGAGAACAAAACCCUUGUAGUUCUAAUAAUCUGAAACCCAGUUGGCUCCUGGCAGCUGAUGGAUGAGUUCCUAGGAUUUCUUGAGAUGCAUGGACGUGACCCUUUUUGAGCCAUAUGUUUGGUUGUAAGGCUCUCCUUGUCUUCUCUGAACUUCCUUGUAACAGGGAAGAAAGGGUACUUGCUCUCUUAAUGAUGCCAUGCACCCCCCAGAACAGAUUGAGAGUCAGUGGAAAUGUGAUCUCGCAGCAUGUGGCUAUGUCAUGGCAUUAGCACUUUGCUAGUAAUCAAGACUUGAGUCUGCAAAACAGAUUCCAUUAUAACUCCCUGUUCAUACCUUUCUUGAAAUUUUUUCUUUUAGCUUGAAUCUUUCUGGGUUGAGUUUCAGCCCAAAGGUGCUAUUUAAAGUCGGGGAAAUUACAACCAUAUCCAUCUGAGAUAUAGAAGAGUUAAAAUGCUAGAGCAUCCUACUGGGUCUAAUAACUUUUUUCCAUGCACUAUUGGCUGAACUUUGAGAUUAGUUGUGUUUGAAGCAAGAGUCUGAGGGAGCUACAGUGGAAUGCAAGGGAAUAACUGCACUUGGGGAUACUGAUGCCCUCAUUAAACAAGCAUGCAGCUGGGGCACCAGAAUGCAGAGCUGGAGUUAACUCAUGGUAGCCAAUUUGUUGCAAUAUUUAUAACAAGUGGUUCUGAGACUAUUUUGAAACAUUUAAUAUGAAAAUGUUGAAGUGGGUGCAACUGCUAAUGUGGAAAUGAUUAAAAGUGCUCCUGUAGGAUGAAAAGGAAUAGGAUUGGUUUCCCCUCUGUGUCUGAUUGAUAAAUACAGUUAUCUGGAGUU